CUUUAAAGACGGCAAAGACAGAGAGAAGGGGAGAAAAAGUUACGGCACAAACCGUGGAAGAACCGCGAGACAUUUAAAUGGCCGAUCGCGUAUUGCCGUGUGUUCAGUUUCGUCGUCGGCCCCUGGAAACCAGGCGUUCGUCCUCUUCCGAGGAAUCACCCUUCAGUUCCGAGCCGAUCGUCGCGUGCAGGUACCGGUACCGCGGCAGGUAGAUCAUCCGUGAAGAGGACGCGAAUCAAGCGCGGAGGUGAAUGCGUGCACACGAUUUUUCUUACCCUUGCCGUCGCCGCCGCCAUCGAUCUCUGCUUGUUCGCGGGUAGAAUGUGCAAGAAGAAGUAACGGUCUGGUCUCCGAUCGGUGCUGUACUGGUACCGGUAUUGUUCAGCUCACCGAGGAACCGUCUCGAACAGCGUCGACCGCAUUUAUUUUUACAUCGCACAGCCCUUUAGAAUGAGCAAGAAGAACAGAGCACGGGAUCCUAGCGAAGAUUCGAACAAAAACGGAGCAUACGUGAAUCAUGCCUUGAGCGACUCGGGAGACAGUUUGAAUCUGGAUCGUUCCAACAACUCUCAGAACAUAAACGAUUCCUAUGGAAGUCGUCAAGGAACACAAGGUUCUUCGGAUUUUAUCCUGGUAGAAGACCCUGCAGAUUACAGGAGCCAGGAUAAGGAUAGUUUCGUCGAUUCCGCGUUGUAUUACGUCAGGCGACGAUGCAAGUCGAUCUGUACGAAGAAGACCGUUUACAAGAGAUUGCCGAUUUUGACAUGGUUGCCGAGGUACAGCGGGCAAGAUGCAGUCGGCGACCUCGUCGCCGGUGUCACCGUCGGUCUCACCGUGAUUCCGCAGUCGUUGGCGUACGCCAACGUAGCCGAAUUACCGCCGGAAUACGGAUUAUACGGCAGCUUCCUGGGCUGCUUCAUUUAUGUGAUAUUCGGAUCGUGUAAAGACACGCCGAUGGGACCGAGCGCCAUCGUCUCUCUCCUCACUUCUCAGACGAUUUCGCGCAUCGACGAUCGGCUACAGCACGCGAUACUACUCUGCUUCCUGACGGGCGUCAUACAGUUGACAAUGGGGAUAUUCGGUCUCGGAUUCUUAAUCGACUUCGUGUCGGGGCCGGUCAGCUCCGGAUUCACGUCGGCGGUGGCUUUGAUAAUUAUCACCUCGCAGUUGAAGGACGUACUCGGCAUCGAUGUGAGAGGUUCACAGUUUUUGGAGAUGUGGAAGAACCUUGUCGAUCAUAUACACGAGACCUCGGCUUGGGACGCUAGCCUCGGAGUAUCUUGUAUAGCGCUCCUUCUACUUCUCAGGCUCGUAGCAUCGUACACCGUCGGCCCUAAAGACGAGGAGCUGCGUGGUACCAAGUAUCGCGUCGUGAAUAAACUGAUUUGGCUGUUCGGUACGUCACGAAACGCGCUUCUAGUGAUACUGUGCGGUCUGUUAGGAUAUGGUUUUAGAGAGGAAUCUCCGUUCAAGUUGGUCGGAUAUAUACCGGAAGGGAUACCGAGUGUACAGCUACCACCGUUUGGUUACACCAAAGACGGCAACACGACGGUAACGUUCUUGGACAUGGUCACGAAUCUGGGAAGCGGCGUCGUCGUUCUGCCGCUUAUCUCGCUGAUGGAGGACAUUGCCAUUUGCAAAGCCUUCUCAACUGGGAAAUCAGUUGACGCGACACAAGAAUUAAUAGCGAUUGGAAUGUCAAACGUUGGUAAUUCUUUUGUUCAGGCCUUUCCCGGUACAGGAUCUCUCAGCAGAAGCGCGGUAAACAAUGCUUCUGGAGUUAGAACGCCUUUAGGAGGAAUUUAUACUGGCACUUUGGUGAUAAUAGCACUUUUAUUUCUCACUCCCUAUUUCGGCUACAUCCCGAAAACGACGCUCGCCGCGAUUAUAAUAGCUGCAGUGAUAUUCAUGGUCGAGGUGAAAGUCGUAAAGCCGAUGUGGAGAACCAAAAAAUCUGAUUUAAUACCUGGAGUGGGAACGUUUAUCGCGUGUUUACUCUUGCAACUGGAAAUCGGAAUUCUUUGCGGCAUCGGAAUCAACAUUUUAUUCAUUUUGUACCACGCAGCAAGGCCGAAAAUAUCCGUGGAGAAGCUUACGACUCGACAUGGCACUCGGUACCUGAUGUUGACUCCGGAUCGAUGUCUAAUCUUCCCGUCCGUCGAUUAUGUCCGAAAUUUAGUCACCAAGUACAGCCAGAGAGCUGGGAGCGUAGCUACUCCGGUCGUCAUCGAUUGUACCCAUAUUUACGGAGCAGAUUUUACAGCGGCCACGGUGAUCGAGCAUUUGACGAAAGAUUUUGCAGAGAGAGGCCAACCGUUAUUUUUCUACAAUUUGAAGCCCUCGGUUUACACCGUGUUCGAAGGCGUCGCGUCCAACGACUUUGUCGUUUACUAUACCCAGGAGGCGCUGGACGGUCUCUUGAAGGACAGAGGGUACUCGAAGCAAAUAAAAUGAGGAACGUUUAAAUUAAUUGAACUACGCGAUCGGGCUCGUAUCACGCGACGCGUAUACGAUGCAGAAUCGAUAGUCGUCGAGCAACCAUGUAUCGUUACUGUGUUUAUGGUACAAGUCUAAUGCGUACGUGCGAGGUUUGAGGCAAACAAAGUACUUGUCGAUUUUCCUAUUUUUUCGUUUACCUUCAACGAAUUACAUCGAGCAUUACUGUAUUUUAUAUACUGUAAAAAUACGUGCACACUGUGAUCAAUGUUAUAUUUAUGUUAAAUAUACUGUGGCGUGGAUACGUUUUUAAUAAAUCAUUUUUACGAUGUA